GCGUCGUUCUUAGUUGCUUAGUUUUAGUUUCCCGACUUUCCUCAACCGUAAUGAGAAAAUAAAACACACGUUUGAUUAGAUUGUGUUAACUGCGGUUAGUAUAAAUGGUUCAGGAUUGUGUGUUCUUUUUAAUGUAGCUUUAUUCUCUCGGAUGGAUAUGUCUCAGCAUCUCUAGAAAGUAGUUCCGCAGUGCGAGGGGCUAAGAAGAUCACCUUGAGCUAGUCUCAGUGUGUUCAACGGCAGUUACAUCUUUAUAAGCAGUAGUUCAACGAGACAAGGACUUCUCCAGUUUCACCAGUGAUCGCCAUGCCUCAGGUAAAGUCUCCAGACAUGGGCUCUGCCUUCAUCCAGACACAGCAGCUCAACGCUUCCAUGGCUGACACCUUCCUUGAACACUUGUGCCUGCUGGACAUUGACUCUGAGCCCACCACCGCACGCAAUACUGGCAUCAUCUGCACCAUCGGGCCAGCAUCUCGUUCUGUGGAAAUACUGCAGGAGAUGAUCAAGUCUGGAAUGAACAUUGCUCGCUUGAACUUUUCCCAUGGCACACAUGAGUACCAUGCUGAUACCAUCAAGAAUGUGCGUAAGGCAUGCGAGAGCUUCGAGCCUGGCAGUAUCCAAUACAGGCCCAUUGGCAUUGCCCUGGACACCAAGGGCCCAGAGAUCAGGACUGGCCUCAUCCGGGGAAGUGGCGAGGCUGAGGUGGAGCUGAAGAAGGGCAACAUGAUCAAGAUAACCUUGGAUGAUAGUUAUCAGGAUAACUGCAGUGAGGAGAUCCUCUGGCUAGACUACAAGAACAUUCCCAAUGUAGUCGAAAUUGGAAGCAAGAUCUACAUCGAUGAUGGACUCAUGUCCCUUCAGGUCAAGGAGAUUGGUUCUGAUUUCCUCAUGUGCGAGAUUGAGAACGGCGGCACCCUGGGCAGCAAGAAGGGAGUGAACCUCCCCGGUGCUGCUGUGGACCUGCCUGCUGUUUCGGACAAGGACGUCAAGGACCUGCAGUUUGGUGUGGAGCACGGAGUCGACAUGGUCUUUGCCUCCUUCAUCCGCAAGGCAGCAGACGUACACGCUGUUAGAGCGGUGCUGGGAGAGAAAGGCAAAGACAUUAAGAUCAUCAGCAAGCUUGAGAACCACGAGGGUGUACGCAGAUUUGAUGAGAUCAUGGAGGCCAGCGAUGGCAUCAUGGUUGCCCGUGGUGACCUGGGAAUUGAGAUCCCCACAGAAAAGGUCUUCCUCGCCCAGAAGAUGAUGAUCGGUCGCUGCAACAGAGCUGGCAAGCCGAUCACAUGCGCCACUCAGAUGUUGGAGAGCAUGAUCAAGAAGCCCAGACCCACACGGGCUGAGGGCAGUGACGUAGCCAACGCCGUGCUGGACGGAGCCGACUGCAUCAUGCUGAGCGGAGAGACUGCCAAGGGCGAUUACCCUCUGGAGGCAGUACGCACACAGCACAUGAUUGCUCGUGAAGCCGAGGCAGCCAUGUUCCACCGGCAGGUGUUUGAGGACCUGCGUCGCUCCACGCCGUACUGCAAAGACCCCGCUGAGGCUAUUGCAAUCGGCGCUGUUGAGGCUUCUUUUAAGAGCUUAGCCUCUGCGAUGAUUGUGCUCACUGGCUCUGGAAGGUCCGCCCACCUGAUCUCCAGAUACAGGCCCCGUGCCCCCAUCCUUGCUGUGACCCGUAAUGCCCAGACAGCUCGCCAAGCCCACCUGUACCGCGGCAUUUUCCCCGUCCUCUACACCGAACCCUCCCACGAUGUGUGGGCAGAGGACGUCGACAUGCGCGUCAACUUUGCCAUGGAUAUGGGUAAGUGUCUACUUACUAGAAGUAAGGGUGCAUUUAAGAUGACAAACACCGUCAAAAGCAGAGCGAAUUCCUCAUUGUGCAGGGUGCACUUGGGGAAAUCCUUGGACACUGUAAAAUGUAAAAUAUGCAAUGUUAACGUUCCAGUCAAAUGAAAGUUAGAGCGUCUUAAGCUUCUGUACUGUGAGUAUUCCCAAGUAAAAUGGAAUAUUUGAGCGGUGUACAGUUACAAAAGGGAUUUAAAUAUAAUCCACUGCAUUUGAUUGGACCGCUAAUAAGUGGGCGGGCUUGAAAUGCAGCAUAGUAUAGAGCUGUAGAAGACUACGGCUCCACUGGAGCACACCUGCCUUGUUGCUAAAAAAAUUAAGAUAUAAUGGAAUUGUUAUUAUUAUUAUUAUUAUUGGUUGAAAGUUGACAACAAGCUUAGUCGGUACUAGCUUGUGUAAGCACACUAAAUAUAUUGUUUUACUUUAUUGAAGUAAAGAUGAUUGGAUUUUGAUAUAAAAAUACUAGGAUUUUAUUUGCAUUUCAUUCUAAUUCUUUUGUAUAGAUUGUUUUAAAUAGGUACAACAGUAUGACUGGGGGAUGGGCUAAAAAAUAUUGACAAAGGCAUUUUCAUUUCAACCUUAAUUUUCAGGCAAGGCCCGGCUUCUUCAAAGCAGGAGAUGUUGUCAUCGUCUUGACCGGCUGGCGCCCAGGCUCUGGUUACACCAACACCAUGCCGUGUGGUUCUGGUGGCUUGAACGGCCCACAGGGCUGCUCUGCUUUCUCCCUCCACCUUCAUCUAUCUUUCAGAGCUCUCUACACCACUCCAGCUACAGCUCUUCUUAGCCAACACCUGGGCUCACAGACUCAACUGCUGAACAAUUAAUCAUUAGGCAAUAAUGCAAAGUACAUAGAAAAUAAAUAGAGUAUAGCCCCCAUGGUCAAAGAGCUGUUUCCGGUGGGUAUGGAGGCUCGACUCGUACAAUUCCACUUUGUCUCCAUUCCUUUCCAUGUUGAUUCAAUUUAACCAGUCUGCAAGGCCUCAGAUUAAUACACCCUGUCCAGAAACUGCUGUAUUUAUUCACUCAAACACUUGUAUUAUUAAAGGUGAUCCAGUCUGAGAGUGAACGCAUCCGGGUCUGUGUGCAAUGCGCAUACUAGGCUCUUGUUCAGGUGGAGUUGGUGGAUGAUCUUAAAAGAGCACUUGAGUACUGUAGUUUACUAAUCGCCUCCUCUGCCGAUGGAACGAACAAAUUUGUGGCACCCCAAAUCGAAGGGCUCCUCCUCCAGAACUGCACUGGCUCCACCACUCCACCCAAACAAAUCCCUUUGUAGUGCCCGUCUGUAUGAAAUGUCCUCUCUUAAUGCCAGCUAUCACUGUAUCUAAGUGUAUCUGUACGUGUUGCGCUCCCAAUCUCCUCCAGACAGAUGUUACAUUUGAUAUUAUACUUGACUUCUGUGAGUAAGGGUUUUGUUUUGGGACAUCCAAUACUACUUAUAUUUUGUCUGAAAUGUUAGUGUUGGAUGUGUCAGUGUCAGCCUCAGAGGUGUUGAUUAAGUAUACUGUAUUUGUGAUAUUAGAUGGGUCAUAAAGCCUUCACCUUUUCUUUUUUUUUAUUUGCAUUUGGAUCAUAUGUAAGUUAGCACUAUAUGAAUCAUGUACGUUUCACUAACGUUGACUAAUAUGAAAUAUGCACUUUUAGAGUUUAUUUCAUUGGGUACCUGAUGGUAGGUUGACUUCCUGUCCCUCUCAACUCCGAUGGGUGAUGGGUAGAAACCCUCUGCUUCUGUUGGUGAUCCACUGUAGUUGUCUUCAUGUGUGUUACAUGCUUUUGAUUGUAAUGCUAGUGUAAGAACUAAUGUUUAGCUGGCGUACUGAGUUGUCCUAACACAGAAUUUCCAUCAAUAAAAAAAAUACGAGCACCUCCUUA